AUGGCGACGCUGAGUAGUCUCCCUCAAGAACUAAUCGACCAGAUCGUCCGACAUCUCCUCACCAACAGAUAUGAUAAACACAAUAUCCCCACCCUGCAACGUCUGCGCGAAGUCAAUCGCGCCUUCUACUGGGCUGCUACGCGGGCUCUCUUUUGCGUUGUGGAAUAUAGCCUGGACCCCAAGGAUAGGAAACGCCGUGCUCACGGACAAGCCCAGCUGGCUUCUGAACUGAUAUCACUGCCACACGAAAGUCACGACCGGUUUAUAAGAGUCGUGAGCGUCACGGGCCUGCGCCAUAUUGAAAUCAACCUUGACGAUGUCCCAGAGGUCAAACAACGCCUGGAAGAGAUCUCCGUCGCCCUGAGCGAGCUCCCAGCCUUGCGCCACCUCUAUUUAGAUUUCGAGCCCAAGUACUGGGGACCGUACAGGCCGAGAGAAUGGCGCGCUGCACUCUGGUGCGCGAUACAGGAAACUCUCUUGACAUACCCAGUUCGCUUGGAAAUGCUCAGUCUCGCUCCCCUCGAACUAAUUGUCCCAGAUCCCGCUGUGUCCGAAUCCAAAUCUGAAGCAGCCACCCAAGCAGGAAACGAACUAGAAUCUUCCUUCCAGCUUUUAAUCCCAAACGGCGCGUGCUACCUAACCCGCGCAAUCCCACACCUAAAGGCCCUCUCCCUCACAGCCGGGUCAUGGCACACCAUCCCACCCCAAAGCCGCAUUCUAGAGCCCCUAGCCCUCGGAACAAAUCUCCAACUCCUCAGGCUAGCCAGGAUUAAUUGCGAGGAUGGACGCUGCCUAUCUCUCCUACCGACCUCGGCGCCGCUCCGCGAACUGCAUCUCCAGACCUGCAAGCUGUCCGCGGAUGAAGUGCAAGCGGCUCUUCGAACCUUCGCCGCCACCCUGAAGACGUUUGGCCUGCGCUCUACUUGGUUUCCUGGGGCUAGCUGGAAGCAGAUUCGCUUGAUUGAGUGUCGUGCGCUGCGUCUUAAUGGCUAA